GCCCUUUGCUCUGCUCUGCUCUCUGAAUCUGAAGCCUCCUCGACAUGCCAAGACGUAGUACUCGUAGUCCGUCUUCACAUCCCUUUUGCGCCAACGUGUCCAUCCCGUGUUCCAUCCUGGAUUACUGUUAGGAGGCGAUGGUGUGGCUGCAGUACACGGCGACCCGGCGGCAGCGCGCCGCCACGGCCGGCCUCUUCCUCACCGGGGCCGUCCUCAUCGCCGUCGCCGCCCGCCUCUCCUACGCCAACAUCGAGCCCUCGCGCGCCAAGGCCGCCCGGCGCCGCGAGGUCUUGGAGGCCUUCAUCGCCCGCAAGCGCGCAGCUGCGGCCGGAGCCGGAGGAGCAGACUCCCACCCCAGCCCGGAUCCCGCCAAGCCCUAGCCAAGCCACAGGAUCACGCGCUUGGAAUCGAUUCGAGCUGCAGGUCGCCCUCCUCGUUCCAGAUACUAGUGGUAAUUUCUUCUCCAGCAAAAGGGGGACGAUUUCCGUGUUCUCAGCUGGAUUGUGAUCGACUACUUGGUUGUAUUAUGGAUUUUCCACCUCGGUGGCAGCGAUAGAUUGAUGAUAGCGCAGAGUUUUUGUUCUGAGUUUAGUUAAGCAAUUCAAACACCACCACCAGCAUGUCCUCUGCUACACUGUUAAGUUUUGCUAUCCACAGUAUGCUGUGCAAAUCUGAGCUUCUGUCCCUCUUCAUAUUUGAUUGAUGUAUUUUCUGCCGGGAGGUAGAUACUAGCAAACAAAAGAACCGUUUUAA